AUGAAUCCAGUUGAAGCUGAAGCUAGAGAAAACUGCUGGCCCGUACAAGCGGAGAUUUCUGGUUAUCGAACUGAUCUUUGGCCUACCCGAUACUUUGUCCGUGCGACCCCUGUUGAGGGUGGUUUGCGAAUCGACGAGAAACUACCUGCCUGGUACAAUCGUCUUGAAGAAGGUGUCGAAUUCACCGCCUUUGUGAGCGACCAAACUUUCAACUUGAACAACCCCGAGGAGAAAGCGUACUUUGAGUCGCUUGAGAAGAAGUUUAAGCGAAAAACCGGCGUCAUCUGGCUCACCGACUGCCUGGAUCGUAAGAAGGCGGGCUACGAGCCUGAGGGAAAAACCAAGGGACUCUUUGUUGCCCGGGCUUUUACAGCAUGCCCAACUAUUUAG